UCGCGAGAUCCUUCCGGAUGCCCAAUUCCUCCCGGUGACCGACAGUAAUGAAGGAAUAGAACCAGGUUACCGUACAGGAAAUGUUUACCCUUCAGAUCCACUGGGAGUGGGUAAAAAUACCCAGCUAGACGACGAGGAUAUUCAAGACGAGGACGAUGAUGAAAUCGAUAGAGAUGACGAAGAGGUAGAAGAGGAAGAUGAUGAGGGUGAAGAAUGGCUCCCAGGUCCGAGUCCAGAUUCACCUGGAUCAGUAGCUGCACUUGGAUCCACAAGACCUGGUGGUCUUCCCAGUCAUAUGUCCUAUCCGAUGAGAAUCACACCCACUGGUCCUGGUAAUAUCGCGACCGGUGGUUCCGCAAUUUCAAAGCAGGAAUCUCAGCAACCGGAUGCUAAACUCACCCCUCGCGGCGGUAAUGACUUGCUUUUAAAAAAGGUGUCCUGCUAA